AUGCUCGAAGCUGGUUUUUCUGUCCGCGGCACCGUCCGUUCGGCGAGCAAGGCCGACCACUUCCGCAAUCUCUUCAAGUCCCUUGGAGGAAAGUUCGAGGUCGUCGUCGUUCCAGAUAUUACCAACGACUCCAUCGACGAGGCCAGCCACACGAAGGACCGUUCGAGCAAGACGCUUGCCUGGGAGUGGUACGAAGGGUGCAAGUGCAAGCUCGGUUGGGAACUCGUCGCGCUGAACCCGCCCUGGUACUCGAACAUCGCCAAGGAAAAGCUGAGCCCGGACGGAUGCAUCAAUAUUCAAUGGAGGGAGUCUGUGCCCGAGUGUAGUCCCUUCGCAUACGACCACCGAAAGGCUAAGCCCGGGGAGGUUGACAACAACAGCAAGAGUAACUUGGGCUAA